CUCCACCAUGCAGGCAGCGCGUCUCCCCGCCCGGAGGCUGCACUCGCUGCGACGCCCCAUUCGCCCGCCCGCCGUGCCUCACCAAUUCCCCAAGCCGCGCCUCUUCACCCACAACUCGCAGCUACUGCUCGUCAUCUCGCCUUCCGGGCCCCGGCCCCAGCUCCCUUUCCUUCACGCCUCCUCGAGCGCCCUGAGGUAUCGUCACCGCGGCGGCCAAUGGCAACUGACCAGGUUCCUGACAACCGAGCACAAAAAGUACAUCAAGGAACAGGUCUGGCUCGCUAGUAAAUGGACUGUCUUCCUUUGGACGAGCGUGGGCCUGCUGUGCAUUGCUGCAUUUGGUGUGCAGAAUGAAAUACUCGAACGGGACACGCCCACUCCCUCCGAGUGGAGCAUGAUCAGUCGCAUAGCUUACCGCAGUGCGCGCGCCCAAGAAGACCCUAGUUAUUUCCCCUCGGGCAUCGUCGACUGGGCAAACACCGGAGGCACCUAUAGGCGGUUGAUGGAGCGGCUUGAGGACCCCAAUGUUGACGGCAAGGAUGUCAAGGACCAAGGGGACGGGGGCAUUCUGGUGCCUGGUGUAGGCAAGGCGGGUUAUGACAUCGAGGCGAAGAGCGAGCCGUGGCGGCGGGGGUAUUUCGAAGUGCUGAUGGGCUGCGCCAAGUCCGCAGAGCAGUUGGAUGGCUGGGUCAAGGAUACAACUCGUAACAUCUCAUUCCCCUCCGAGUAUGUCAUUGGACCUUCCAACCCUAGGCCGCGCCCAUGCCCGGCGUUUAUGCAUUCCGCGCCUCUGGAAGAGAACUGUAUCCCGGCCUUCGCACAGCCGGAGACGUAUUACAUGAAGGUUUUGACCACGAAGGGCUUCAACACCAACCAGCGUCUCAAGGCUGCCCUCGGAUACGCCGAUUGGCUGGACUUCAAAGGUCUGAAUGACAGCGCGCAAGAGAUGUACAACUGGGGCAUGGACAUUGCUACUUCCGCUCUACCAGAAGUCGAGAGCGUCGUCGACCUCAAGACUGGUGUUAUCAGAGAAGGCGCGAACCGCGUUUCCGACAACAUUGUCCAGGCCGCCACAUCUCUGGCGACGCAUUACGCGUGCAAUGCCAAUGUGUCGGCCGCCUUGCCCAUCUACCUCUCUGUCCUGCGUGCACGGAGCUCCGCCCCAGCCGCUCCAUACCCGUCGAACGGAAGCUCUGGUUCCAACGGCAUCCUUGACACCAUUUUCUCAUUUAUCGUCCCCCCGCAAUACCCGCCGCCUCCUCCGUCUGGGAAUGACGCGUUGCGCCGGACACCAAACUCAAAGUGCGAAGAAACCGCGCUCAAAACCUAUAUAGGAGAAAUCCUCUUCGCAACAGCGCCAUCCAACCUCGAGACCGGUCUUGCAUGGACAAGAGAAGCGGUUGCAGAGGCGGAAGCGGGCGUCGAGGACGGAAGCCUGAAGCUCGAGGACAGGGACAAGUGCGCGCAAUGUUUGGAAGUUGGGCUCAACAAUCUGCAGAAGAUGGUCGCCAAGCUGGACAAGGAAGAGAAGGACAAGACGUCAGGCUUGGGAGGCAAAUCUAGCUGGUUUAGCCUGUGGGGUAGUACCAAGGAGGAAGGUGCUAGCGAAAGCAAAUGGGCGGCGGAGCUGAGCGAGAUUGAGGACAGAAUUCUCAGGCUGCACCGGGAAGGCCUGAGGGAGCGGUUCAAGAAGUCGGGUGGCGGUGGCGGCCUUACCUGGAUCGGAUGAGGUGGGGUUGGAAGGAAUAGUAGCUUACUUCUGUUCUGGCCUAUUCAUUAAGGAUGCCUUGACGCUUUGUUUUUAGGUUCAAGAUGUACCGAGAUGUCGAACGACUGGCGCCCGUGCCUCGCCAACGUGCGCGUACGGUCGUACCCGUUUCGCACUAAAAAUAAGGGUCCUCGUUCACGUUGCCACGGUGGGCAUGUCGAUGGUCGCCUGCUGUUUGUGCUUUUUUGCCUCCAGUCUAACGUCCGUCAUCGUCAAGCGAUAUUCACUGCCUAACAAGAUACGGACACUUGUACGGAGUAGAAGAAGAAAUCCAGUCAAGGUGCUUAUAGUAUGUAUACUCUCUAAAACCUUCUCAGUCUAAUCUAGAAUUUAAGCCAAUAGCUAGACAAGGAGUAGUCAGUAG